CCUGGGCGGUGCCCUGGCUCCAAGGCUCUGAGUGCGGUUGGGGAGCGCCUCCAUCCCGUGUGGAGCUGGGUCUCCUGUGAGCUGUGCUGCCGGGAGGCCGAGCCCGGGGGGGAGAGAGUAGGAGCGGCGGUCCGGGGUUCUCUUCCGCCCUCCUCGACUCCCGCUUUGGACUUGGUGGCCGAAUAGGAUCCGUCCAGCGGAAGGCGAAGCCUGUGUUACUGUCACAGCCACGACGCACAGAGCGUUUAGCAUUUGAUCUGUUCGGGGAAGAUGUGUCAUUGCAGCCAGAGCGUGGAAUAUUUGUGGGGCUGAAGCGGACGAAGGUGAUAACACAGUCUUUUGACAUGUUGAGGUCGUGCAGGGACUUUUACCUGUAUGAAGUUUGGACUGUAUGCUCCCUGCCUCCUGAUAUGGGGUCAUGAAUCAGGGCCAAGUGGGAGCUCAGAAAAAGCAGAGUCCGCCAGCUACCCUGGAGCAGAAGGAACCCGGAUUUUGGAGGGCACUGUCACCUGGAGCAGUGUCUGUCCCAAGAGCUACAGCCCUUCUCUGAGGGGGAGACCAGGUGACGACAGCCAUGCUUCUGACAGCUUGGCUCCAGGGACUUCAUGGACCCCCUGAUGCUCAUCCAUGGACUACAGGGCCUGAGCCAUGGAGUUGGCCCUAGGGCAGCAGGAACCUGUUGUUUCAGAAGUCGGUGACCUUUGAGGAUGUGGCUGUGUACUUCACCCAGACGGAAUGGGAUGGUCUGUCCCCGGCACAGAAGGCCCUGUACAGGGAUGUAAUGCUGGAGAAUUAUGGGAAUGUGGCCUCCCUGGGAUUUCCACUUCUCAAACCUGCUGUGAUCUCACAACUGGAGGGAGGAGGUGAGCUAGGGGUCCUCUCUCCACUGGCCGCUGGAACAGGAACAGGCCCCCAGGACCUCUGGACUGUAGAUAUUGAUAUCCAGACUGACAAUAAUUUGGCAAAAGAAAUCUGUGAAGAAAAAGAUAAUAUGUCAUUUGAACUUCAGAGGGACUUUUCCCAGGAAACAGACUUUUCAGAAGCCUAUAUUCUAGAGAAAAAACAGGAAGUCUACUCAGUAGCAAGUAUGAAGAAGGAAAACAGCAGUGUCAUUGAUGGAACAGUAAAAGAUGAGACAAGCCCCAUGGCGGAGUGUUUCUUUAGUCAUAGUCCAAACUUGUAUCAGUGUCAUACCAUCUCCACUGGUGAGCAGCCCCAUGGGUGUAUAGGAUUGGGGAAAUCCUUAAGUUUUGACACAAAACUUGUUAAGCAUGAAAUAAUUAAUACUGUCGAGAAACCUUUCAAAUGUGAAGAAUUAAUGAAAACCUUUAUAUGUGACUCUAAACUUAAUCAGCAUGAAGAAAGCUACACUGGAGAGAAGGCUUAUCGAUGUAUUGAGUGUGGCAAAGCCUUCAGUGUUAAUGCAAAAUUAAUUUGGCAUCAAAGACUUCAUAGUGGAGAGAAACCCUUCAAAUGUGUGGAGUGUGGGAAAAGCUUUAGCUACAGUUCCCAUUUUAUCACACAUCAGACAAUCCACAGUGGGGAGAAGCCCUAUCAGUGUAAGGUGUGUGGGAAAGCCUUCAGUAUUAAUGGGAGUCUGAGUAGGCAUCAGAGAGUCCAUACAGGAGAGAAGCCCUAUCAGUGCAAGGAGUGUGGAAAUGGCUUCAGCUGUAGUUCUGCAUAUAUCACACAUCAGAGAAUCCAUACUGGGGAGAAACCUUACGAGUGUAAUGACUGUGGGAAAGCUUUUAAUGUUAAUGCAAAAUUAAUUCAACAUCAGAGAAUCCACACUGGAGAGAAACCUUAUGAAUGCAAUGAAUGUGGGAAAGGCUUCAGGUGCAGUUCCCAGCUUAGGCAGCAUCAGAUCAUCCACACUGGAGAGAAACCCUAUCAGUGUAAAGAAUGUGGAAAAGCCUUCAAUAAUAAUGCAAAACUCAUUCAGCAUUGCAGAAUCCACACAGGGGAGAAACCCUUUGAGUGCACUGAAUGUGGAAAAGCCUUUAGUGUCAAAGGGAAAUUAAUGCAGCACCAGAGAAUCCACACAGGUGAGAAACCAUAUGAGUGUAAUGAAUGUGGGAAAGCCUUCCGGUGUAACUCCCAGCUUCGGCAGCAUCUGAGAAUCCACACUGGGGAGAAGCCCUAUGAGUGUAAUGAGUGUGGAAAGGCCUUCAGUGUUAACGCAAAACUAAUGCAGCAUCAGAGAAUUCACACUGGAGAGAAACCCUUUGAAUGUAAUGAGUGUGGGAAAUGCUUUACUUCUAAAAGAAACCUACUUGAUCAUCACCGAAUCCAUACUGGAGAAAAGCCUUAUCAAUGUAAGGAAUGUGGGAAAGCCUUCAGUAUCAAUGCCAAAUUAACUAGGCAUCAGAGAAUACAUACUGGGGAGAAACCUUUCAAAUGUAUGGAAUGUGAGAAAGCAUUCAGCUGUAGUUCUGACUAUAUUGUGCACCAGAGAAUCCAUACUGGAGAGAAACCCUUUCAAUGUAAAGAGUGUGGAAAAGCCUUCCAUGUUAAUGCCCAUUUAAUUCGGCAUCAGAGAAGCCACAGUGGGGAGAAACCCUUCAGAUGUGUGGAGUGUGGCAAGGGCUUCAGCUAUAGUUCUGACUGUAUUAUACAUCAGACAGUCCAUACUUGGAAGAAAUCCUAUGUGUGUAAUGUGUGUGGGAAAGCCUUCAGGUUUAGCUUUCAACUUAGUCAGCAUCAGAGUGUCCAUAGUGAAGGAAAAUCCUAAUGAGAAGAAUGUAGAAAACUCAAGACUAGUGCUUAAAUGGAUCAAAUAUCAGAUUCAUCCUGCUGGAGAACACUAAGAGGGAAAUGAAUAUGGCAGAGUGUUCACAGGAAACAGGUCUUUUCUGUUUCAUUUAAUUUUUAAUCAGGAGUGGAUGACCAGUUAAGAAAGACCAUCCCAAAAGAAACAGCUUUGUUUUGUACUAAUGACCAAUUGGAAAAUAUAAUGAAAUAUCACAUUCCCAGAAGCAUCAAGAAAAGUAGAUUUUCUAGAAAUAAACAAUUAUUAUGCAGGACCUAUAUGGGAAAAACCAGAAGUCUCCUAAGGGCCACCAAAGGAAACUUGAAUAAAUGGAGAGAGAGAAACCUUGUUCUUGGAUAGGAAAACCUGUAGUAUAAGGAUAUUCACUCUGCCUAAAUUAAUUUAUUUGUUUAAUUUUUGACAAUAAGCAUGCAUUACUUUUGUAAAGAGGAAAAUCAA